AAAAAUCCUGCCUUUCUCCACCUAUGCUCCUCCUCGCUCCCGCCCCGCCGCCGUCGGCGACCAACACUCGCCGGACACCCGGCGGCCGCGCUGUCUCACGCGUCCGCUGCUCGAGCGUGCGGGAGCUUGAUGCGUCACCGAACCGAGGGACGCUGCCCCCGCUGCUGGAGGCGAAGCGGGUGGUGCUGGUGAGGCACGGGCAGAGCACCUGGAACGCGGAGGGGCGCAUCCAGGGGAGCUCCGACCUCUCCGUGCUCACGCCCAAGGGGGAGUCCCAGGCCGAGACCUCCCGCCUCAUGCUCCUCUCCGACACCUUCGACGCCUGCUUCAUCAGCCCGCUCGCCCGGUCCCGCCGCACCGCGGAGAUCAUCUGGGACAGCCGCGAUAAGGACCUCAUCCCGGAUUACAACCUCCGCGAGAUUGACCUCUACUCCUUCCAGGGACUCUUGAAGCAUGAAGGGAAGGAGAAGUACGGAGCUCUUUUCCAGCAGUGGCAGACCAAUGCGCCAAACUGCAGCAUCGAUGGGCACUACCCAGUGCGGGAGCUCUGGGACCGUGCACAGAGCUGCUGGGAGAGGAUCCUGGCACACCAGGGGAAGUCUGUGCUUGUGGUUGCACACAAUGCAGUUAAUCAAGCUCUCAUCGCCACCUCAUUGGGACUUGGCACGGAGUACUUUCGGACUCUGCUCCAAAGCAACUGUGGUGCUAGUGUGCUGGAUUUCACCCCACAGCCCAGUGGACGCCCUCCAAGUGUAUGCCUUAACCGCUUAAAUCAGACGCCGGACUCUCCUGUUUCUGCUGAAAGUUCUGCAGGUAGAAAAUCAAGCAAGAAGAUCAUUCUGGUCUGUCAAGGGGCUACUCAGAACAGUUCUGAGGGUAGUCUAGGCGGAGUGGGUUAUGCACCUCUGAACAUGCUUGGGGUUAUACAGGCUCAGAAGACUGCGGAACUGCUUUUAGAUCUGAAAGUGAACAGUAUUAUCUGUAGCCCACAAGUUGCAGCUGUUGAUACCGCAACUGCCAUAUGCGAGGUCCAAGUGUCUGCCGAUUGCUUAGGUGCUGACUGUGUUCCUCGUGACAUUGAGAUGAAGAAUUUGCUUGGACUUGAAAUUGAUGAUGCCUUUCAGACAAAGCAAAAGAGCCUUGGACAGAUGGUUCAGUCAGGUUGGCUGGGCGGCAUGGAACACCAAAAACUGAAGACAUUAUGGGCUCAAUCAGAGGAAGCAUGGCAAGCUUUGGUAAACGAAUUGCCAACCAAUGAGGCUACCGAGUCAGACAGAGUCGUCGUCGCGGUCGGUCAUCCCGCCAUUCACUUGGCACUCCUCUGCAGGUGCCUGAAUCUAACAAGGGAAUACAUGCCGUCUUUCCAUCUAGACGAUGGCAGCAUCAGCGUGAUCGAUUUCCCGGAUGGGCCGAAAGGAGGAGCUGUCGUCAGAUGCACGAAUUACACGGCCCAUUUGGGUAGAUGGUCCAUACCCGUCACAAGAACAACAGAAAACAGUGAUGAAUUAUGAUUUUUUUUUUGUCUACAAUGUAUAUAUUAUUAACAUCUUCAGUUUUUCUGUCAAAAAAAUCUUCAGUUUCUUGGGGUGAGUAUCCUCCUCCUUCAGGAAAGUGAACCGAGUCUGUAGAUAUCAUACACUGAUUAAUAUACACAUUGGCAUUAAUGUAUUAUUAUGCCCAACAGUA